AUGGGCAGACGCAGACCAGACUGGUGGUUGGAACAGCAACAUCAACAGCAGCAACGGGACUUACUGGAGGACGGUUGUCCCAGGAACGCGGCCAACGCUAGGGAGAGGGCUCGGAUGCGUGUGCUGAGCAAGGCGUUCGGCCGACUCAAGACUACACUGCCGUGGGUGCCGGCCGACACCAAACUGUCCAAGUUGGACACUCUUAGGUUGGCCACCACAUACAUAGCCCAUCUGAGCUCGUUGCUGACGACUACCGAGCGGUCGGACGUCGCGGACCAGGGAGAGACCGUGACCCAGGUUGCGGUCACGUCCACGCAACCACUAAACUACGCCAUGGUAAAUCUUGCACCAUAA